AUGGAGGUUCUUGCCUCAAACUCAUUUCUUCGUGACGUCAAUGUGUUCCACACAGCUUACUAUCCCACGGAGUUGAUGCUCUACUUUGAGAAGCAUCACAUUUUUGAAAUACUGUUUGAUUUGAUGAUAAUGCUAGAUCAGAAACGCCCAGAUAAUGUUCAAGAGUUCAUAGCAGGCAAUAUAAAUAAGGUUGCGGACAAGUAUAGGAAGAUUAAUAUAUCUGUUGAAUUUCCCCUAAAUUAUGAUUUAAAAAAAAUCGCAAAGGUGUGCAGUAGGGUUCAUCAAUCUCCAAUCAUCGCAAUGCAAAAACCUGCUUCCAGGAAACGUCUGAAGAAACUUGCAGAGCAGCUAAAACAAUUUGGAUUGGAGCGGGCAAACUUGAUAUUUUUUGGGACAAAGGGUGAAAUUCCGGAAAAACAAAUAUCAGAAGAGUUCCACCUGAACAGACUUAUUGAUAUAACUAAAAGUCUGAAAGCUGAACAACACCCUAACAUACAAACCAUUUUGCCGAUCGCCGUGGAUUUCAAGAACACUAUUAAACAAUUGUCGUCAAUCCCAGGUCACAAGCAGAUCAAAUAUGUAGAACGAAUCCUGAUGACCGGACGACCUGGUUCCGGGAAGCAUCUGCAAGCACGAUUACUGGCCAAUCGGCUUGAUUUGAUUCUUGUUUCAGUCAACGAUCUCAUCAAACGGGCUCGGAGCGAUAGAAAUUUCUUCAAAAAGACGUUGGAGAUUGGACUCGGAGAUAAUGUACACACCUCGGAACUGAUUGCCACGGUAGUUCAAAAACGGCUUCUGGAACCAGAUUGCCUCCAGUUUGGUUGGGUUUUGGUUGAUUAUCCCAACACUGCCGAAGACGUGGAAAAUCUCUACCAUUUGCUGAUUGUUCCACAGAGAGUUGUUCAUCUACACACCGAUGCUAGAUUGUGCUGGAAAAGGAAACGAAAUCAUAUUUUGAAAAAUAAUUCCCAAUCAGAAAUGAAAGGAGCAAUGUUGAGAGCAGAGUUUGAUUACUUCGACAUUCAUCAUUUGGCAAUGAUGGCGGCACUAGAGAAGCAAGCUUGUGUCGUAGUGGACAUAAACGGAAAUAAUAGCACGGAAGGGGUGCAUGAAGACAUUUUAAUAAAAUUGAUGAAAAUUUGAAAUUAUGUUAAAAUGUAGCA